AGUCCACUAGAUGGCGGUAACACACCUCCCAGCUAGUUCCCAACCAGCACGAAGAAGUAACAGAAGAAGAAAAACUCGCCAAAGCGGAUUAUUUACUGUUGUUCUCGCGUGCUGAUCGAUUGUUUAUUAAUGAGGUCAAUCAGAAAUACGAACAAUUAUCGGUUCUCCAGCUGGAACGCCGGCUCGGUUCGCCGUUUUUAAGCCGUCCUGAGGCGGUAGAACCGGACAGAGAACUGGACAGUGGAACCGGAAGUAGAACCGGACAGUGAACUGGACAGUGGAACCGGAAGUAGAACCGGACAGUGAACUGGACAGUGGAACCGGAGAGAAACGAUGUGGGAUCAGACGCUGCUGUACUUCCUGAACCAGAACCGGAUACCGAGGAGAGACGCCGCCCAGCUGAGCUGGUCUCACGCGGUCAACAGCAGGUCGAGGCUCACCGAGGCUCUAACAGGAUCAUCUCAUAUGAUGGAGGCUGACGUCAUCAUGAGAGGUUACGAUCCCAAAGAGCCAAUCAUGGCUCAUCCUCCUGACACUGACAGUGACAUCACCCUGAGGGAGUGGCUGGAGGAGGUGAAGACACACCACCAGGGACUAAAACUGGACUUUAAGAGCCUGGAGGCGCUGUCUCCCUCUCUGGCUCUGCUGGUGAACUGGCUGGACGGUGCGAGCCAGCCUCUGUGGAUCAAUGCAGACAUCCUCUGUGGCCCUGGAGGCCAGGCCAGACCUGUGGAGGCCGAAGCGUUCCUCUCUGCUGUCUCAGCCCUCCCCGCUCACAUCGUGCUGUCUCUGGGCUGGACCACAGGGUGGACUGCUGGAGGACCAAACCCAGGUUACAGCUGGGACAUGGUCCAUCUAAUGGAGGAGAGGUGUAGGAACCUCAGACAUCCAAUCACCUUCCCAGUACGAGCCGCCCUACUGGCCCAGUCUUUCUCCCAGCUGUCCUGGCUGCUGCAGCAGUCGGACCGAUACUCUCUGACCGUGUGGACCGGACACAGUGAUGAGUUCAGAGCUCAGGACCUGCUGGCCUACAGGGAAGAGUUUGAUGUGAGCCGGAUUUAUUACGACCUUCCGGAUUCUGUCAGAACGCAGCUGACGGCAGUGAGACAAUAACCGGAAGCAGCUGCUGGAUGGAGGUUUAACUUCUUGUGGUCCUCCAUGAACUCCCCCUGGUUCCUGGUCUGAGGAUCUAGGAGGAGUCCCUGUUCCUGGACCUUAGAAGUGAGGUUUUCCCUGAAGGAGACCAGGAGCCUCAUUUCUAAAGCUGGCGUAGGAACAAAAACCGGCGUACGCCAAAUAUAGUCAACUUCUGGGAUUUAUAAAAACCAAACUUGAUGGGAAAAUGUUCCUUCCUCCACGGCAACUCUGACUCAGGCGUACGCACAAAAUCUAGAGAAACGGGAAAAGGUGACACCACCGGUCCAGAAUAAAACCAAUGAUGUGAAAUGUGAGACAGCUGUACACAAUCCACUAUUACCUUCCACACCACAUGUUAGAUAUUAAAGCUGUUUGCAGAAAUGAAUAAAGA